AUGGCCGAAGGCGGGGAUCUAGCCAUAUACAACGCAAACAAAUCCAUCAUACAAAACCUCCUCGAGCACUCCGGUAUCCCAGAGUCCGACCAUAAGCUGUGGAUUGGCAUAUAUCGAAUUGGCGCGAACCAAGACGAGUCGCGUCCUGCCAUAGUUGUGUCGUGCUUGGACUCAAAGGUUCGCAAGCAAGCAAAGGGAUCCAUCAAGAACUGUUCCCUGUUACGGCCAGGAGGGGCUUUCGCUCACUUCGCCGUGCUCGGGAAAGCCACUCCGCCAGAGCUUCCCUGUGAGCCUCAACUUACCAUGGCAGGCAAUGCCCAAGCACAUAGACUUGCGUCCACCAUUUCAUCAUCUGCACGUCAAUCCGAGGAGCUUACCAACCAAGGUCCAGGGGGCGAUAUUCGGGAAAAUAUCAAGCACCCCGUCGUCCUUCAGCUUUUCGGAUCCCACACGGGAGACAGUUACUUAUGUCGCCCAAUCCAGGCGCGUCGGGGUCUACAAAGGCAAUCCGCCACAGCAGGCCCUUUACUUUUUUUGGACGGAACCAGCUACCAGCUCACUGUUGAGCAUGUUGUUAACUUCAGUCGCCACAAGAGUGAGCCAACUUGGGAACACACCAAUGACGAUUGGGACGACGACGACGAAGACCACGCCGACGAUGAUGCUAGGGGCCGUGGAGAUGUUGAAGACAUAGUCCCCUCGGAUUUCGGCACCGUCCGUACCAUGAGCGAAGGAAGCGUUUCCUCGGAGGAAGUAGAAAUCGACCUCUCCGGCUCUUCAUCGAGCAGCUCGGCACAGGAGACUGAGGGCAACACCUCAUGGUCCCCCAUGGUGCCCGCCUCGAGUCCACUUCCUCAGAGCUCCUCAGAGCCUAGAACCGUCAGCAACAUUAUCGUCAAUGAUUCCUCCUCCUCGCCGCAAACCGAACCCAUCAGUUCUCCUCCUCGUUGCUAUACCAGCGCAAAAAUGGACUACCUUCUCUUUCCUAUACAUGUCAAUCCUGGUCCAGAGGCCUGCACAGCUGGAGGCGCAGAGAUGGUGCAACUAUCUGAUGUCUUUGAUGUACAUGGUCAGACCAAGGCUCGGCCAAUCAUAAUCACAACAGCAUCUCUGGGGUAUGUCCAGGGCAUUGUUUUCCCAGCGUCAAUGCUGUUACAGAAGCCAGGGUCACGCAAUUUCCAGACGCUCUUUUGCAUCGAGUCAUCUUUUCCCAUGCCCAAAGGAACAUCGGGUUCGGCGGUUUUCGACUCUCAGACAGGGCUGCUUGCCGGGUAUCUUGUUCUCGGAUGCCCUGGAAAGCAUACUUGCUACAUGGUGCCUAUGUGCGAUGUGUUGGCCGAACUCAACAUGUUUUCCAGCAGUAUUGUUCGGUGCCAGGUACAACUCAACAUGUCUGCUAUUGCCAAAGUAGAUCUAGAGAAAAGCGCUUUGACGAGGUUCAGUUUCUGUGCCGGUGGUUUCAACCGAUCCGUUCCCUUGUCCUCAGUGUUGCCUCGACAAGAGGCUGUCAGGCGUAAUAACCGACCCUUCUUGGGCAAGCUGCUUGAGCAUGUACCCGUCAUCUUCCCGAAGCCAACCGGUCAUGUUGAAGAAGAUCUGAAAACAAAGAAGAGUCCACGAAACCCUCCAAAAUUCAAGACGUUACAAAGUUGGAUCUCCCCAACCAUAGCUACUCUAGAAUGGGUCAGCGAGCCUGCUGAUGAAUGGAAAACGCGAUUUGGCCAAACAACGAAGCUUAUAGGGUCAGUGGAGAACAGGCCAUAUAUCGACGUAAUCAGGGAGAUGGGCAUCGAGGUAUCACCGGAGUUGUGGACCUUCUUCCAACCCAAGAUUCCCUCGGCGCGUUGGGAGCGCCGUAUCUCCCAGAUUGAACGAUUUUGUGAAGGGGCGUCUUUUGCCCUCGACGGGUCCGGCCCUAGGGAUGCCGAAAAUCCCACAUUCGAAGAUGAUCAGGGACCUAGAGCCUGGGUCUCUGACCGAAACUGUGUGACCGAAGGUUCUUCAUACCCUAAGCCGAACUACCCAAGGGUACUGGGCUAUCGGGGACUUUAUCACGCUCUCCAACGAAAGCGCUUGCAAAACAAUGCCUGCGAUGACACGACUGGUCAUCCUCGACGCAUCUACAUCGAGGACCCCGAUGGAUCAAGUGUUGUGGCCCUGACCAAAACCACACCAGCCUCACAAACCGAAGGUUUUUGUGACCUCUUUGCUAACUACAUCACGCCAACCCCAGAACCAAAGUUCAGUUUGAGAGCGUCUGACUGGUCGGGGGGCUGCUUCAUCAUAUCAUUUAACAUUCCGUUCUUUGAGAUCGGAAGUGAGCAUCAGAGAAACAUCCGAACUACCUCCCAUGACAAGACCAAGAGGCCACUUCGAGCUUGUCACAGCCUCUCGUUUUUGAACCUGAAUAGCCAGAGAUCAAAACUCUCCAGCAAUGAGGUCUUCAACCUUCCACAUCCACUCUUCUUACACGAAGCUGUGUGCUCGUUUAUGGUGACGGGCAAGAGCGAUCGAUAUUGGACCGCUGCCUUCCUCGACGGAGAUUCCUGUAGUAAGGAGCCGAGACUAAGUCAGGAGGAGGAAUUAGACCCCAUCGUUCUCAAAGCCGAGACGAAUUGCAGUGAUACAACUGCUUCACCAAGGGCAUAUGCGCUUGCUGCUUUAGCAGUGUCUCUCGACGUGGUCGUUGAGCAUCAUCAAAACAUCCAAGACCUUUUCAAAGCCAGCUUAACCCUUCUCAUUGCGGAGAUGGAGCAGAAGUAUUCCAACGAUAUUUCCACCGAAAAACUCCGAGAAUGGAUAGAAAAUUUCCCACGUAUUCUAGACCGAAUAACCCACAGCAAUUCCUACCUGCUCGCCAAACUGGACCAUUUCUUAUCCGAGGAUGUAAUAUUCGGCAGUGAUGCACUACCUCACGGUGCACUAUGGCGUAGCUUGCGAAACGACCGAGAGGCCCUCAUGUCUCUGCUGAGAAUCAAGCAGCAUCGCAACGAGUUGAGGGAUGUCCAGAACGAACUCAAGCAACUCAUCCCCAAAGCCAAUGAGGUGAGGAGGCUCCAAAAAUGGAAGAUAGAGGGAGAACAGCAUGUUAUCACUCGUCAAGUGUACCGUGUAGCAGUUGCGUUAUAUUCAGCCUGGCCCACAAUGGCUGAUCUACCGCCCUGGCACGUAUACCAUCCACCAGCCUGGCACGAAUACCUUCCAUCGGCCUGGCUCGUACACGUGAUCAGUAUGGCAAUGAUGGUCAUUCUAGGUGCAUACCUUUGGCAAAACAGAUGA